GCAUUCACAAGUAAGUUUAUUUCAUUGUCACAAAGACGGCUGCAGUGGAUGACUUCAGACCAGAAAAAAGGAACACACACAGAGACUUAGGGUUUUGGUGAAGCGCAUUUAAUAAUUAAACAGAAUAGAAAAUAAAAGGUUUGAACACAAAACAGGACACGGCGCUUGAGGCCAAAUAAAACAGAAACAAAACGUACUAUACAGACAAACAGCGGACGAACAGACAAACACGGAUCUCAAGCAAUAGGAUACCUCAAUGUCUGGAGAUAAGACUGACACGGUGGAGCUGGCUACUCUUGGACGGCCCUUCCGUCUGGGGAUGCUGUAUGACUGUCGAAGUGACUCACUUGUUCCAGGGAUCACACUAUGGGAACUGAACAAAAUUCGGGAUUCCAUUGACAUUCGCUCUCAGCGCAACACGAAUUUUCAGGUUAUCAUGUCAGACUCUAUUGAGGAGAAAGCUUCUUCGUUGGAUGUGUCGGCUUCUUUAAAAGUGAGCCUGCUGGGUGGAAUGAUCAGUGUUAAGGGGUCUGCUAGCUAUUUCAAUGACAGCAAAUCAUCAAAGAACCAGGCUCGCAUCACACUGCAGUACCGCACCACCACCAGAUUUGAGCAGUUGACUAUGAGCCAGUUGGGUACGAAACACAUUGCAUACAAUGAUGUGUUUGAUCAGGGCACAGCCACGCAUGUGGUCACAGGUGUGCUUUAUGGAGCCCAGGCUUUCUUUGUCUUUGAUCGGGAAAUCGCUUCAAACGAGAACAAGCAAACAGUCCAGGGAAGUAUGGAGGGAGCAAUCAAAAUGAUGGGCCUGGCCGAAGCAGAAAUCAAAGGGUCUGUAGCUGUCUCUAAUGCAGAGAAGACAAAAGUCGACCAAAUCAAGUGUACCUUCUAUGGAGAUUUCAAGCUUGAAUCCAAUCCGGUCACUUUCCAAGAAGCCAUCCAAGUGUAUUCUAAGCUUCCGAACAUGCUAGGGCCAAACGAAGAACAUGCAGUGCCAAUUAAGGUCUGGCUUUACCCAUUGAAGCUUCUGAAUGAUCUGGCUGCCAAGUUAGUUCGUGAUAUCAGUGUUGAGUUAGUAUACCGUUCACAAGGAGUCUUGGAACAGCUGGGGAACUAUGAGAUGCAAUGCAAUGACCUGAUGAAAAACGAGGUCUCUGCCAAGUUCCAUGUGAUCAAAAGAAAGGCGCGCCACUUCAAAGAACUGUGUCAAAUUUACAAACUGACAUUCCAGAAGAACUUGGCUAUGGUCCUGCCUCAAAUCCGUGGAGGUGGAGGAGAAGAGCGUUUGCUGGCAGAAAUCUUGGAAAGGAAAGAAUUGUCCCCUUUCAGAGAUUCUUCUCUCAUUGCAUGGUUAGAAGACAAAGAGACAGAGAAGAAUGUGGUAAAAGCCUACCUGACAAUGAUGAAAGACAUCAGAGUUUUGGCCAGGAAGAGUGAGCUUGAGGAGGUGAUCUUAGACCCUUUGGGUGAGUAUGUUCUCUGCCUGGUUUUCACCUCACUGCACGGGGAAGAGCCCUACCUAAAGGAGCUCUCAAACUACCUUAAACCCCAGGAAGCUAAUAAUCAAGUCCCAGAAACAGGGUCAUCUGGUAGAAUGCAAGAGCAAUGGUUCAGCAAUGUAGAAGUGUCCCAGCGCAUGAGGAAACUGGCCAAGCACUUUUUGGAGUUUGUGGACACCAACAAGGAAGGGAAAACCAAAUUUCUUAUAGCUUCUGAAAGUAAUACAGCUCAUCCUGGAGUGUCUGUCUACCUAUACGAGGAAGGGAGGCUGGACAAAACUGACUUCCAGCCCCCAUCUAAACCUGAUGUCCCACUGGUGGUUGAAAGAUCGCAUAACAGUAUCACCCUCAAGCUAAGGCCCCCUAAAUAUGGUGCAGAAGAGACAACAAAAUACAAUGUGGAAUAUACAUCACAGUCAGAUCAAGAGCACUGGGAAUCUGUAUUCACACAUGACAAUACAGAGGCUUUCACAGUUUUUGAUUUGACUCCACAUACCAAAUACCAGUUCAGAUACAAAGCAGUUACCAAACCCGGAGUGAGUGUAACAAGUGACACCUGUGAGAUUGUGACCACAUAUCCAGCUAGCCCACCCACUGAAUUCACUACAUGUGAGAAAGGAGAUGCAUUCAUUCAGAUAACGUGGGGGAAACCAGAUGCAAUAGGACUUGGGCUCAACGUAUGUAACUACAGAAUUGAGUACAAAAAUGAAGGAGAAGAAACAUGGGCCACAACAAUGGCUUGGAAGAGAGAGGGAAACCAACUCUGCACUUUCCAAAUCAGGAAUCUGAUGCCAAACACAAGCUAUACCAUCAGAGUAGCGGCAGAUUGUGGGGAAGCUGGUUUGGGCGUCCCAAGCAAUGAGGUGGUAGUAAAAACAGAUAGGAGGUUUGAGUUUGAAGUAGAGUGCACAUUGAUAAGAAUGGAAAAGCCCUGUAUUUAUAAACUUCACCUGGAGGAGGAGAUCAUGGAUGAACAUCGAUAUUACAAACGGUGCACUUUGGGGAAAAAAGAUGAAAAUCGUGAGGAAAGAAGGAUCCUUCUGCUUGGGAUCCGAGGAUUUGACAAAAGCACAUUGAUUAACGCAAUGGUUAAUUACAUCUUAGGUUGUGGAGACAUUUACAGAUUCACAAUAACCGAUGGAAACCCAGGCUGUUCUGAAGGUGAAGCAGAGACACAGUGGAUUACAGCUUAUGAAAUCAAUUAUCAAGAUGGGUUUAGAAUCCCUUACUCUCUCACUAUAAUUGAUGCACCAGGAUAUGGAGAAUGGAGUUCUCAGAACAAUUUGAUUGAUGAACAAAUCAGGGAUUUCUUUCAUAUGCCUGGAAUUCCUGAUGACCUCAACACCAUCUGCUUUGUAGUCGAAUCUUCCUUGGGUGUUAAAUCUCCACCUGCAAUCAUUCAAGCUUUUGGUAGAACCUGCAAAAUUUACCAAAGAAAAGAGACUGAUUCUCCAGUUUCUGACAAUGAAGACCAGUGCAAAGGCAACAUAGUCGUCUUUACAACCUGUUCUGAAAACAAUGAGCUCCCAGUCCUUAAGUUUGUAGAGGGAUAUUCGUGUGUUCAGAAUGUUUUUCAGUUCAGUAAAUCAGGAUUAUUUACUAUACAUGACAAUGAGGAUGAAGAUGAUAUCCAGGUGCCAGAAUGCUGGGAAAUUACACUGCAGAAUGUUGGUGCCUUUUUCAAUGAGCUAAAUGGAUCACGAAAUGUGGCUAUUUGUAAACCCUUUGAGUACAAUUAUUGUCUUAAUGCAACGGCCUGCGCUUCUUUAACUGCUGAUAAUCCACUGGGCAUUGCUAUCCACUAACUGAUCUGGUAAAUCCAGUAAACUAGAGAUAUACGUCUAAUAUUUGGCUAAUCUUGCAAAUUAAUAUAUAGAAGUAUAAUAGCUUUUCUUAAAGAAUCAUAUUUACUAAGGCUGGGAUGUGCCUAAUUUUUGAUUGUUUUUCAAUUAAUCUUUUUAUUACCAUUAUUAUGUAAAAACAAGUACAUGGAUUACCGUGCAACAUUACUAAGAGUAUUAUACGCAUUCAAUUAUGCCAGUUUAUGCAUAUAUGAAAAAUGCAUAUCUGUAUUUAUGGCAAUUGGGGGUUAAUGUUCCAUUGAAAAAAAGUUAGUUAAAUCCAGAACAAACCAGUUUACUAACAACCAUCCCUGAGAACUACAGUACACACCAGUAACAAAAAGAAGAUAUCACUGUCCACAGCAGUUCAGUGACAGUGUUGUCUGUGGUUCAUAUUUUAUUAUUAACAGGCCUUAUCAUACAUCACUGCAUUUUGCUUUGUUCUGUCACCAUUAGAUCUCUUUUGUUUUUAACAUGUUUUAUUGUUUUAAAUUAGCAAAAGAACAAAGGACAUACAGACACAAUUCUAAAUAAAAAAAACAGUAUGAAACGAUAAAAUAAAUGAUAACAAAAAUAAAUAUACAGUUGCAUACAGGCAUACAGAAAUGAAUAAAACAUGUCUCAAAGCAGUGUGUAGAGCAAUUUGACUAAUGGGAAGUCCCGUUGAGAAUAUGCUCAGCUAUGCUAUUAGCUGCAGUCGAACAUGAAUUUAGUGUAGCCAAACUGACAAGACGUAGCCUUGCCGUGGAUCUUUCUCAUAAAAUAAUCUCAUCAAAAAAAUAUAACCAAGUGUUGAGAAGAGGUAUAUCAGGCCCCACCCAUGCCCUCAAGAUCACCUUCUUCACUGCAGUUAAUGCAGCAAGAAACAAGCGUUUUGACAUUCUAUGAAUAUCAAGUUGUGAAUCGUCAUCCAGAAGAGUACUCCUGGGCACAGCGGCACAUGUACAUCAAUUAAACCAGACAAUAUUGAAAGUACAGAUUUCCAGAGUGGCUGGACCUUGGGGCACUCCCAGAACAUAUGAAGAUAUGUGCCAACUGCACCCUGUGUACACCCAUGACAAAGAAACAACUGAUUCCUGUCACUGACACUGUCGGAUUUAUUUUGGAAAUAGAAAUAUACUGAAGUUGUGUACGUGACAGACUGCAAGUUUCGAGAGGACACAAAUGGACUCAAAAUAAAAGCUUCUUAACCACAAAAAGAGAAGUUGAAUCAAAGGUUAUUCAGGACUGCGUUUUCCCUUUGUGUGCACUUGUCUACAUAGGAACAAGCGAUACUAUUAACCAUUUCAUAAAAUUAAUGUGUCAUUGGUUUUAAGCAGUAUUCAUUUGUAUGAAUUAUAAGUUAUAUGAAAUAUAGCCAAUUUGCCAAAGGGUGUGGGUUAUUUGUAAAUGUGUAUUUGUAUAUGUUAUGCUGCAGUCACUGAGUCAAUUAACUCAUUAAUCUCUUGGGGGUAAAUCAAAAACCAGGAGACCCUGAGGCUCUUCAGGACCAGGGUUGGCCACCUCUGCUGUAGAGGGUUGUCAGUAUUCGGAAACAGAGACUAGAAGCCUGUCAAUACAAUAAAAUAAAAGCAAAUUGGACUGAAUUGAAAGACGAGACCUGAUUGAACUUGAUCCUUGUCGACUCCUGAUAAAUGUUCAGAAAUUCUCCCGUUUUCUGCAAGAGACUCGACAACUUCAGGCUCCUGGUAUAGCUGUUGUAAGUAUACUGAGCAUCAAAAGAAACUUAUCACAAUUAUAACACAUUUAUUUUUGUAAUUAUGGACAUUGAUGAAAUAUUUUUGGUUUCUUUUUAAUCACUUGAUCAUUCAUCCUUGACCAUGUGACACGCUUGAGUGACUAUGACUGAAGCACAUGCACUUAAUCACCUAAUUAGUGAGACAGUUGAUUGGACACUGGGUAUGGAGUGAUUUCAGCUGCUGAAUUGCAAUCUUGAAUAAAAGCAAUGUCCGUCAAGAGAGCAGCGCCUUUGUGCAAUGUUGGAGGCUGGACUAGGGCAGCGUACUGUGGCUCGCCGUCUUGGGUGCUCAAGGCCAGCAAUUUCAAACCUGGCGAGACAGUAUAACCAGACAAUGACAGGCCACGAACUGGGAGACCAAGAGUCACCUGGCCAAGAUCCACAAAUCAUUUUGCAGCAUCUUUUUGAUGUACACACUACUAGCCUGUGACUUUCACAGUAUCCCCAGUCCCCCCCAUAACUUUAGACAGUAAAAUUUCAAUUGUUAAUCAGCACAAUAAAACAUCACUGCACCUGCUCUAAAACAGUUUGUCAUUUUUCGAUCACAUCUAGUGAAUAAGUGAUAAGUUUCUUUUGAUGAUCAGUAUAUGUCACAGCAGGGGUUCUCAACCCUGGUCCUGGGGACUCAGUGUCCUACUGUUUUUUGUUCCAACUGAGCUCUCAAUUACUUAAUUGAACCCUUAAUGGAACUAAUCAGAGCUUUUUACUUAUUUUAAAGAGUUGGGAGAUUUCAAGUUACAUAUACAAUGAUAUAAGGAACUUGAAUUCUUCAACUUUUUGUAAGCUAACCUACCAAGUCAAAUUAAGCAAAUGAUUAGUUCAAGUAUGGUUUCAAUUAAGCAACAAAGAGCUGGAUUGGAACAAAAACCAGCAGGUCAGUGGGUCCCAGGACAAGGGUUGAGAACCCAUGUGUUACAGUACUGUAGCUACUGUUAUGCUACUAUAUUUUGCUUUUUAGUAGUUUUCUGUAUUGGUUAUUAAUUCUUUUUGGAGUGAUGCUCUGGAUUUCAUUGACUCAUUAAUCUCCAAUAAUUACAUAAAUAAUUGCUAUGUAUUUGCUUAUUUAGUUCAUUGCAUCCAUUUUUUUUUAAUUUUAAUUAUUUUUAAUAAUUUUGUUUAUUGUAUUUAUUUUAUCCAUUUUAAUUAUUUUAAAUCAUUGUAUUCACACAGCAUUGUUAAGCAUUUACUCAUUUAGCUUAUCACAGUGGUUCUCAACUAUGGUCCUGGAGGACCCCCUACCCAAGCAAGCUCUCAAGUACUUAAUUGAACCCUCAAUUGAACUAAUAAUUUGCUUAAUUAGACUUUUUUAAAUUGUUCAGCUUAUAAAAAAAAAGUUCCUUAUCCAAUUUGAUACAUAACUUGAAAUCACUAACAGUUUUAAAAAUAUUUAAAAAGCUCUGAUUAGGAAAAUUAUUAGUUAAGUUCAGGGUUCAAUUAAGUAAUUGAGAACUCGGUUGGAAUAAAAACAAGCAGGGUAGGGGGGCUUCAGGACUAGGGUUGAGAACCACUGGUUUAUUGUAUCCAUUGUAUUAUUUGUAAUCAUGUUAUCCAUUAUAGAGAAUCGUUUAGCAUUGAUUAGCUUUUUUAUUUCGUUAUUUAAUAUGUAUUCAUAUAUUAGAGAUAUUUACUCAGUUUGCUGUAUCAAUUUAUUCUUUUUAAUCAUGUUACUCCUUAUAUUCAUAUAAAUUUUAAGCAUUUACUCAUUUUACUCAAGUUGUGAAUCAUUCAGCUUUUAUCCAUUUUUAUUCAUUUUAAUCAUUUUUACUUGUUAUGUUUGAAUAAGUAUAUCAUUUUGAAAGUGAUGGGAAAAGUGUAAGUUUAGUAUGGUUACUAGAUUAAUGUUUAUUAAGACCCACUUGUUUGACCUUGUUGUGUUAUUCAUGCCGUUGUUCUCUCGUUCAAAUAAAGACUUGCUUAA